AUGGCACUGUCAAUAGUGGUGGCCAUAACGGUUACUGUCGCGUUCCUGUGCCGAGCUCAGCAUGAUUGCCCAUCCGAACCGACAUGCAGCGCCAGCUCGUCCAACUACCGUACGAUCGAUGGUUCGUGCAACAACCUGGCGAACCCCCGGUGGGGCCAAUCGCUGCGCCCGUACCUGCGCCUGGUGGAGGCCCAUUACGCGGACGGCAUUUGGGAGCCUCCCGUUACCCGGUCCGGAGCGGCUCUACCGAACGCGCGCCUCCUUUCGUUGCGCUUGUUCGGCGAAACGGAAAUGGCCCAUCCGCGACACACCAUCGUUGGCAUGCAGUUUGGUCAGCUGGUGGCCCACGAUGUGUCCUUCACGGCGGAAGCGUACGGACUCCAGUGCUGCAGCAACGGGAAGAUGGUCCCGAAAGCGAAAGCCUCCCGGCGCUGCUUGCCAAUCAAGGUAGCGCACGACGAUCCGGUCAUGUCCGACGAGGGUAUCGCGUGUUUGAACGUGGUGCGUACGAAGACGAACCUAGAGGAUCCCUGCCUACCGGUGGCGGGUCCAGCCGAACAGCUCUCCUCGGUAACGGGGUUCCUCGACCUGUCGGUGGUGUACGGAAACUCUCGCUCGGAGUCCGACGGGCUUCGGGCGCACAGCAAAGGGCUGAUGAAGGUGGAGCACCGGCACGGGAAGCACUGGCCACCGAGUCAUCCGAACCGGACGAGGACUUGCGAUGUGACGGGCCACGACACGGAAGCUUGCUAUCUGACGGGUGAUCGUCGGGCGAACCAGAGUCCGCAUCUGGCCCUGCUGCAGAUCGCCUUCCUACUGGAGCACAACCGAUUGGCCGGUGAGUUGGCCAUUCUGAAUCCCCACUGGGACGAUGAGCGGCUGUUCCAGGAGGCGCGCCACAUCAACAUUGGCCAGUACCAGGCGAUCGUGUACUACGAGUGGCUACCGAUCUUUAUGGGCCGUGAGAAUCUACUGCAGUACGGCGUAGUUCCUUCGUCCCCCGUCGAAGAAUUUGUGGAUGAUUACGACCCGCACGUCGAUCCGUCCAUCGGCAACGCUUUCGGAGCGGUCGCACUCCGUUACUUCCACCAUCUGAUUGUAGGCCAUCUAGAUUUAAUCGAAGAAUCCCGGCAGCCGACCGGCGCGAUUCGGCUCUCGGACUGGUUGGACCGACCGUCGGUGUUGGAAUCGGCCGAAAACUACGAAAAGCUCUCGCGAGGGAUGGUCACCCAACCUCACGAUCGGCCCAACUUGCACCUCACAUCGGAGAUGAAACACUUCCUCUUUCGCCAUCGUGCUCCCGUAGGGCUGGACCUGAAAGCGAUCGACAUACAGCGGGCCAGGGAUCAUGGGCUGGCGUCCUACAACAAGUACCGCCAGUUCUGUGGACUUCCCGUCGUCCGGCAUUGGGUUGAGUUCGAGGAGAUUCUACGCACGGGGGCGGCACGCGCCAUUUGGCAGCAGUACCAGGCGCUGGACGACGUGGAGUUGGCGGUGGCCGGCGCUAUGGAGCGUCUGCACGGUGACGGAAUGGCAGGGCAAACGUUUACCUGUCUCCUACUGGAGCAGUUCCGCAGAUCGCGAGUCGGUGAUCGGUUCUUCUUUGAAAAUGGCCGCUCCUCGUACUCGGUGCGCCAGGUGCAAGAGCUUCGCAAUGCUAGUAUGGGCCGUAUCCUGUGCGACAAUACCGUGGGGUUGGACAGCAUGCAGAUGGAAGCGUUUCUUCUCGUUAGUGAGACGAACCCGGUGGUACCGUGUGGCCAGCUACCGGAAGUGGGUCUGAAGCACUGGCGUUCGGUUGAGCCGUGAGCAGUGCGUUUGUCCAGGUUCAAUUAACAUACAUUACGAUCCUGAUCCUGAUCAAUCUUUGACCCGUUGUGGGAAAAUGAAAUCAAUCUGUG